GCGGAACAAACGCACUAUAUCUUCCAUAAAAAAGCAAGACGUUUUUCGCAGCGCCCCUGCGAUCGAAGAAAGCGUCAAACUAAAAUGUACACGACCGCACUCAAUCUCCAAGCAGCAAGAAGCUCAAGUUCAUCUUUCGACCCUUCCCCAGCGGUUCUUCUUCCGACGAGCGAACUUCUGAACAUUUCCUCCACUAAAAACAACGACUACUUCUGCGAAUUCUGUCUGUUCCACCUGGUGAUCUUGUCGAUUCUCGCCCGUGUGUACCUCACGAAGGAGUUCUCGACGAAGGGACUUUCGUUUUUGACCAGGAUGCUCUUGUAAAGUAAGACUCGAUAGUACACUCUAAUACGACCCCCUCCUCGACAGUGUGUACAACAACUCAUUUGAUUUCUCAUCCGCACUUGCAAGCAGCUUCACUGAAGACGCGGGUUUUCUGGCAUUGGCAUUGCUGGUCGACCAGGGGCAGCGCAACAAAUCUACUUCGUCCAGCAACAG